CUUCUUCUUCCUCGCUCUUCCCCGCUUCUCUCUCUCUCAGUAAAUUGAGUUUAGAGUCGAAUAGCGGAAUGGAUAUUAGGAGGCGUGAAAGUAAGACGGAAGCAAGUAGCAGAGAGAAACGGAUUUAUGAGAAGGAUCAGAUGAAUCAAGAGUCUUUCAUUGAGGAGCUGGCAGAAGAGUUUCGAUUGCCAAUCACACACAGGGAGGAUGUGGAGCAAGCAUCACUGGACACAAUGAUAUCAUCAUCAAAUGUUGGGUUUCGUCUUCUUCAGAAAAUGGGUUGGAAAGGAAAAGGUCUCGGAAAGCAAGAGCAAGGCAUAACGGAGCCCAUCAAAUCCGGUAUCAGGGAUCGAAGACUCGGUUUAGGAAAACAAGAAGAAGAUGAUUAUUUCACUGCAGAGGAAAACAUCCAGCGGAAGAAACUUGAUAUUGAGAUCGAGGAGACAGAGGAAAUCGCAAAGAAACGGGAGGUCCUAGCAGAACGUGAGCAGAAGAUCCAGAGCGAUGUAAAAGAGAUACGUAAAGUCUUCUAUUGUGAACUCUGCAGCAAACAGUAUAGAACGGUGAUGGAGUUUGAAGGUCACUUGAGCUCAUACGAUCACAACCACAAGAAGAGAUUCAAAGAAAUGAAAGAAAUGCACGGUACUAGCAGCCGCGAUGAUAGGAAGAAGCGAGAGCUGCAGCGUCAAGAGAGGGAGAUGACUAAAAUGGCUGAUGCUCGUAAACAACAGCAGUUGCAACAGAAUCAGCAAGAAGACUUAGAGAAUGUCCAACUUUCAUCACUAGCUAAGACCACGGUUGCGCAACCACUUGCUGUUCAAGAUCAAAGGAAAACAUUGAAGUUUGGCUUUUCUUCAAAAAGCGGCAGUACAUCAAAGAGCCAACCUACGAGCAGUAUCAAGAAGCCUAAAGUAGCGAUUGCAUCGGUUUUUGGCAACGAUAGUGACGAAGAUUAAGGUCUUACAUCAUGAUCAGGAAUAUUGUACUUUAUGUUUCUUCCAUUCACAAACUAAAACAGAACACAUACCAUUUAUGGGCAACAACACUGUCUUCAAUUUGUUUGUUAAUCAUAUAGAUUCUUUUGGCUAUAUAUAGAAUCUGACCGUUAAAAAGUAAUUUUAGUUCAUCUUUGUCUCUU